CAUGGCUUCAUCUCUCCGUUCCUUUACAGACGCCCUUCUCUUUGUGAUAAUGUUCAUGGCCACUGAGAUGGGAACAAACACAAUAAUGGUGACGGAGGCGAAGAACUGCCCAACCCCGAGCGCCAGGUUCAAGGGGCCAUGCAUUGAAGGCGGAAACUGCGCACCGGCUUGCAAGGCGGAGGGGUUCCCCGACGGCGACUGCAAAGGGUUCAAGCGCCAAUGCUUCUGGAGGCGUAAAAAUAGCCUGGCGUAGCCUUUAGGUUGCACGAGAGGGGGUGGAGGUGGUCCU